UCAGUUUGUUGUAUCGCCUCGGUUGGCACGGAGAUUCAUUAAGUCGCCGGACUUGGUCGCGAUCUCAGACUCGCUCCGGGUGUCGCCAAGAGAGGAGAUAGAGAGAAUCUCAAGACAGCGUCUGAUCUCUGUGUGAAAUUCUCAAAUAGUAAAACAAAUACUCCAAGUGUUCCAAGUCAAAUCAAUUUGCAUAGUGCUUGUGUGUAUUAUUGAGGAAGGAAAUUCAAUAAAUCGUCUCCGUGACUGGCCUAGUUCUUAAGUGCUUUUUCUUCAACAGUCAGAUCUCUUAAGUGAGUCAUCAGUGUUCGAAGAUGUCCAAUUCCAAUCACCACGUGUCGAUUCACCUGCCCACGAUCGGAGAAAACAGCCGAGAGACCUUCAUUGAGGAAAAUGAGACCACAAGAGGUCGCAGAUCCCGAAGAAACUCAGCCGACAGCGCUCUUGGCAGAGGCUCGCGGACGAAUUCCCCGCGCCCGGCAAGUAGAUCACCGAGGAGGAGCAGGAGGAGCUUGGAUGCUGCUAUAAAUGAUGCUGCACCUCUGUUAGAGACUGAUUUGCCACCGCGUUAUCCGCCGCUUGCAGACAAUUCCGUAAGGCAUCAUCAAGUGAGAAGAUUCUAUAGACCGGAAAUAGAUGACAAUGAUAGUCCAGAUGACGAUGUUCCGUACAAUUCUGACGCUCACCCGGGAGUGGAUGAUGGCUUUUUCCCUGAAGUUGGUUCCAGAGCAGGUGAAGACGACCCAGAAGAGAAACCAGUUGCUCCCAACGGACAAGGUCCUCGCCGAGGGAGUGUUCCAGCCGCGUUUCCUUACGCUCCCGACUUUGGCCCAAGCGUCCUUAUAAAUCCCGAGACUCCGCGGGUCAUCCCAGAUGUGAACGUUUACCAGCACAAGAAAACACUCGCACAGGGCAUGAUGGACCUGGCCCUGCUCUCAGCCAACGCUAACCAGCUUCGCUACGUCUUAGAAUCAUACACUCGACAUCCUUACUACUACUUCAGCGUGACUUUCAUCUCGAUGAGCUUGAUCUUGCAAGUGGCAGUGGGAAUCGGUCUGGUGCUCAAUAGUCGCUACGAUGUGAGGAAUCAAGACGAUAUUUGCAAGGCAAACAAAAUUAACAACUUCACAGUCAUAGGGAUUUUCUUAAUCACCAUUGUUAAUGUGUUUAUAUCGUCUUUUGGAGUGGCAGAUCCUCCACCUGACAUGAGAAACUAAUUUUUAGGGUUGAGGAUCCUGGAGACCAUAAAAUUCCACCACAGUGAGCAUUGUUGGCCGAAGGCAGGUUUAUUUCUGCCGCUCAGUCUGAUAAGGAGGCACAAGAUAGCGAUAAACGAGCUAUGGGAAGGUGAACACAUUAUGCUAAUGCUCGUCAUUUUCACACACAAGUCGUGAUAUUUAUUGGG